AUUAAGUUAAAUCAAUAAUAAAUACUUUAAAAAAGAUGGAUGACCAAUUAAAUGAUUCGAAAUCUCACACUAUAAAUUUUCCAGAAUAUCAAUAAUCUUUUAUUGAGGAAAGCUUAUAAAUUGGGGAUAUCGGAUAAAGCGAUAUUGAAAUUUUUUAAAUAACUUAAAGAACAUUUCAACAUAGAACUCAUCAAACAAAUUUUAUCAUUUUUAAUCAUCCUUUGAAUAAUUAAAAAGGUGAUUUAGAUCAUGUUUGUUUUAUCUUAAAUAUUUUGAAUGAACUAAUAACUGCAGUAAAUGUGACAUUUUUUUAAAAUGAGGAUAAUAGUCAGAUAAAUCAAAAUGGUUCAAAAGAUUUUAUAAAAUUAGAAAGAGGUUCAUAUUAUGCAAAAAUAUAUCAAUAAUCAAAAAGGUUAGAAGAAAAACAAAUAUAAAAGAUUGAAGAAUAAAUUAUACUGCCAAUCUAAAAAUUUAUAAGAGAAAUUUAAUUUGAAAAGGAUACUUUAUAUGAUUAGAUUUAGCAGCUUUGCAAAUAAAUAAAUAAAGAUAAAUUUUUUUGA